UGGGAGGGAAGGAGGGAGGGCGAGAGUUGUUUAUUGUGUGCGAAGUGAUACGUAUGCGGUCAAAUCUUUUUCUUUUACUGAAAAUGUUUUUCAUUUUUGUUCUUCGGAAAUCUGUGAAUGGCUGUGCUAUUUUCGCGGGUUAGUGCAUGAAUCUGUUUGUUUUGUAUAAUAAUUGAGCGAGUUUUCGUUGAUGAUCAUAUUAUGCUCUUCUUUUUCUCCAACGUGGUGAAGAUUAGUCCUAUUUGAGUAUUCACUGAAAAUGUAAUUGCUAGAGAUUCGCGAGGCAGCCUCAGAUCCUACCUGAGGCACAUCUGUAGUGAAGGAGGCUCUGCUGCAGGUCGUCUCAGCAUCUGAACUUGAAGUCUAAGUCAUAUUUUCGUCAGAGAAGCUGACAUCUUGAAAAUACCUCCAGUAAAGAGACUGGUAUUUAUUGCUUUUAUUUUGUUAACUGCCCCUCACUUCUGUCUGUGCUUGUUUGUCUGUCUCUUGCUCUGUGGGCGUGAGGGUGGGGCAACCUCAUGAAGAAGAAGGGUGCCCCUGCAGCAGCUUCUGCUUCUUCCUCCUCUGCCGCCUCUUCCCCCUCAUCCUUGUCUACGGCUGCUGGUGCCGCCAUGAGACCGCCGGAUAAGGCUGCCUCGGUCGGCUCAACGCCCUCAAACGCUACUGCUAAACAAGGGACUAUGAGCGUGGGUGGCUACGAUGGCAAAAUUGCAGGUCUGUACGACUUGGAGGAGACGCUGGGACGUGGCCACUAUGCCGUCGUCAAGUUGGCCAGACACGUCUUCACGGGAGAGAAGGUGGCCGUCAAGGUGAUUGACAAACUUAGGUUAGAUGAAGUAUCGCGGUCACAUCUCUUUCAAGAAGUACGUUGUAUGAAGCUGGUUCAGCAUCCAAACGUUGUUCGUCUGUAUGAAGUUAUUGACACCCAGACCAAACUGUAUCUUAUUCUCGAGUUAGCUGAUGGUGGGGACAUGUAUGAUUAUAUUAUGAAACAUGAUCGAGGGUUAGAUGAGGGAGCUGCUUGCAGGUAUUUUAGACAGAUUGUCCAUGCAAUCAGCUACUGUCAUAAACUGCAUGUAGUCCACCGUGAUCUGAAACCAGAAAAUGUUGUAUUUUUUGAAAAACAAGGUGUGGUCAAACUCACAGAUUUUGGCUUCAGCAACAAGUUUUGUCCUGGCCAGAAAUUAGAAACAUCUUGUGGGUCCUUAGCAUACUCAGCACCUGAGAUUCUGCUUGGUGAUUCAUACGAUGCACCUGCUGUUGACAUCUGGUCGUUGGGUGUCAUCCUGUACAUGUUAGUAUGUGGGCACGCUCCUUUUCAAGAAGCUAACGACAGUGAAACCCUUACUAUGAUAAUGGACUGCAAGUACACCAUCCCUGAAUAUGUUUCAGAACCCUGUAAAAAGCUGAUACAUCGGAUGCUUAUAAGGGACCCUGGAAAGCGUUCUACUCUAGAAGAUAUUGCUCAAGAUCCAUGGCUUCAAGAUGGGGGAACUGUAGAUGUAGCAGAAGUUCUUCCUCUUGUUUCACGACAACAUCUAACUGAAGAAGAUCAUGCCCAUAUUAUUCACAAAAUGGUAUCUGGGAACAUAGCAUCCAUGGAAGAAAUUUUAGAUGCCCUUGACAAGAAUGAAUAUAAUUAUAUAACAGCUACAUAUUUUUUGUUGGCGGAAAGAAAACUCCGUGCUCAUAGACUUCAGCAGGCAGAUCUUGCCAAAAAUUCUGUCAGCAGUCCUGUUAUGUCCAUAAGACAAUCUGGGGGCAGUUUAGAUGAAAGCACAAUUCAGACAUCAAAUGACACUUCAAAAUUUAUUCAGGAUUCUCAAGUUUCCAAAGAUGACAUGGUCAAUGGAGUCCUUCACAACAAAUUAUCUGAAGUUCGAACUGGAGGAAGAAUGAGGACUUUUAGCAUUUUAGAGGAAGAGGAAGAGGAGGAAGAAGAAGAACCAAAAGAAGAUGCAGAUGACAAGAAAGAAGAGGAGGAUACUACAGACAAAGGGCAACGGUCUCGAAGUGGAUCGCGCAGCGGGUCUCGAAGUGGUUCUAGAAGCGGAUCAAGAAGUGGUUCCCGAAGGGGGUCACGUGCAUCUAGUAAUUCAUCUUUGAAAGAGAAAUGUGUCCGAGAUAUGAAACUGGACCUUUCCCUUUUGCAUCGUCUUGAGUGUGUUAGACGGGGCAGUGGUUCACAUCAAGGUUCUCUUCAAGGUUCCGCUGCUACUUCACCUUCUGGUGAUGAUCCGCCCUUACCAGAACCUCCAUUCCCCCCUUCCUCAAAUAUUGGGUUAGGCAGAGGGAGAGCUAAAAGUGCUGGUACUUCGCCAGCUACAACACCACCAAGCAGCUUAGCACCACCAAACUUUAAUACAACAACUACUAAUAAUAACAGUAAUAAUAAUAAUAAUAAUAAUAAUAACACUAAUAAUCUUUCCACAAAUACUCCCCAAGGCCCUAUGUUGCCACCACCUAGAAUUACUCCACAGUCUUCAGUUUCUUCAUCUCCCACAUCUCAAGCUUCAUCGCCAACAUCCCCGGGACCACAACAAUUGCCAUCCUCACCAAAGAACCAAGGUUCCUUUUUCAAUCACAAAUUCAAAACACUCCCAUCACCAAACAGAAGGCUUCAUUCAGUUCGAUCUUCUCCACAGCUCAUGCUUAAUGAAAUAUUUGAAGAAGGAGAGUCAGAUGGGGAAGGUAGCAGUGGGAGUAAUCGUAUGACCAGCACAUCUAGUAAUAAUGUUGGUGGUGCGGUAGCUUCUCCCGUUGUUAUGCGCAGGCACCGACUAGUUAGGUCACGAACUGCAUCUUGCAGUUCAUCAGAUGCUUCAGAUGAUGAUCAGGACGCUAGAAAAAGACGGCAGCAGCGAGUACUAACAAGGCAUUUGGCACGAGACUUACUAGAUGAGCAGUGUGACUCUCAAGAAGUGUUGACAUCAAUAAAUAUUGAAAAAGUUGAUGGAUUCCAAACAAGUGAAGUAAUUGUAGAGGAACCAAAUAACCAGACCCUCAUUCCUCCCCCAGUAGCAGACAGCAUUAGUAGUGUACAAGGGCAAGCCAACGCCCGUGGAAAUAGGCCAUUGUCAGCUGCUUGUGAUGAGGAACGUAAAGCUGGAAACCAUAAGGAAGAAGCUGGAAGUACUGAAAAUAUGUUAGAUAUAGAUACAACACUGCGAGAAAGCCGUUCUUUAAACUGUAUAGUGUUAGCCACUGGAGAACAAGAAGGAGAGUUACCUGCAUGUAGUGUAUCUGAAGCUUCACUUCUUGAGCAAUGUGCAUCCAGUAACAUAACUGUGUCUACUGACAAUGUUACCACAAUUUACAUAGAAAAUAGAUCAUGUUCUGAAAGUGCUAAAGAUAAUAAGCAGCCUCAUGCAGAUAAUAUAAGAGAUCGUGUUGUAAUCAGAGUAACAGAUGAUAAUGGACAGUGUGAAGAUAACAUUACUGAAGGUCUAGAAAGUCCAUCAGAAAACCCCCUAACUUCCUCCAGCAAAGAUGUAGGAUCUUCCCAAGUGAUUGGUGCUAGUGAUGUUGUGGUUGGACUUAUAGAUUCACCUCGGCCAGUUCGACAAGCUGGUACUCGUCCUGUGUCUGAUUCCCAAGUAAUUACAAGACCUCCACACUCACCUUCUUUGAUUAAAUCUGUAUCAAAUAUGGAAACCUUAAGUGGUAAUGGGGAAAAACCAGGUAACAAAUUUUCCUUAAGGACUAGUGCAACCAAUGGCUCGCUGGCAGCUGGCCGGAAUCACUGUGUUACGGAUAUUAAUCAGAACACAGGAGGGAGAAAAAACCGCUCAGAAAAAUCCAAUGGAGCACUUGCAAUACAGGGCACUUCAAAAUGCUGUAGUUUAUCUUGAGGUUUCUGAUUUAUAAUAGACAACAAAAAUAAUACGUGUACACUGUAUAUAUAAAGUGUUGCCAAACACUUGCAAGAUUCCCAAUAACCUCAGUAUGUGCUUGUAUAAAUGUGAAGUGAUAUUAAACACUUUUGUUAUAUGCAUAGACCAAUUUAUAAUGUGUACAUACAUAUAAAUAUUUAAACCCUAACCUGGCAGGCCCCAGGGAGAGGUGAUAACUUGCGUUGGCUGGUUAGCCAAAAUAUUGCUAAAAUUCUUUGUGUAAUUUUCUCUGUGUCAUGAUUGGGCUGUUGUCAUGCCAGGUUUCAUGAAACAGCCAUACUAUAAUAAUCAGACAAAAUGCUGAUCUAUAUAUCGAACACUAGUACAGUACAGAACUUUUCCCCAGAAAUAUUUUCCCAUGAGUGUGUCAAGAUUGAUGUCUUUCUUGAAGAUAAUUCCCAUGAGAGUUUCAAGAUUGAUGUCUUUCUUGAAGAUAUUUUCAAGAGAGUGUGGUGAGACUGUCUUUGUGAUGGUGUAUACUACCAAAAGCUAAAUGUUGAGAUCUCACAAUAAGAAGCACAGCAAAGAAUCUUAUACAGUCAAUAUUUUUAUAAUAGACUUCUUUGUACAUACCAUAAAUAUGUUAUUUGUUCAACUUGUGGCAAUAUUUUUUGGUGACUAUGGAGGGCGAGUUUUGUUGUCAUAGUACAGCAGAAACUCAAGUUUCUAGUUUGAGUUUACCUUCAGUGUGACUGGGUAUCUUGCAUUACUUUACUUUACUUUUGCUAGUACUUAAAAGUACAUUUAAUUUAUGUGUAUAUAUGUAUAUGUUUCACUAACCAAUAUUUACCAGUAAAGAUGCCAACAAAUGUAAAUUUUAGGACUGUGUUUUCAUCUGAAUCUGUUUAAUUUUGCUUCCGUUUUUUCAAGCUGCAUUUGUUUUGCUGUCUUUUUCAUAGUAAUGUACAGCUGAGUGAUUCCACUUCUCCUAUUGACUCAUAUAUAUACAUACACAUAAGAGAGUAUUUAUAUACAAAAUACCUUCUUGCCAACCCUAGUCAAAACCUAGUCUGCAUCAUGUACAGGUGGAAGAUAUACAAUCACUUAAAAUUAGCUCUCCUGCUAAGUUUAUUUCUUUUGUAAAGCUUAAUAUUACCUAGAACAUAUCUGGGAAUUGUGAAUGUUAUGGUUGGUACAUGCAGUACAGCUAAUGGGGUUUGACAUAAGGGCUAGAGCAUCAAUUAACUUUGUGCACAUUUGGAACAAAUCAUUGUACCACUUGCUGAUAUAUCACUAAAAAAAGCAUUUUGUGAAAGUCACAUAUUUCCCGAGUUCCCUCCAUUAUUUAUUUUACUUAUCUUUAUACAAAGUAGGGAAGUAAAUAAUGUAGUUGCCAACUGGAAACUUAAUUUUUAUGAAGAAAUGCCAUUAUAUCUAAAGAUAUUUCUACUUUUCUGAACUUAGGAGGGACCUUUUAGAAGAACAAGGUCCUUAGUGAUUUAGCCCCUUCUUCUAGUUUGGUGUUCCUUGUUAGAAGGUAGUGCCAGGUACAUGGAAUUUUUUUUCUUCUAGUGUAAAAAAUUUAUUUAACUGAAAAAUGUCUUCUUAGCUGUAACUGAUGUCAUGUUAUGUGUUGUACUGAACUAUACUCUCAAAUUCCAUAUAAGCUUAAUUUAUUAGUUCAUGUUAAUGGUUAAUCAUCAUGUAUCCCAUUCCAUGUUACCAGCCCAGGCUUCUUCCAGUUGACUGCAUUUUGAGUGAUUGACACUGCAAAUGAUUUCCUUGAAUGAGAUUACUUGUAAUUUAUUGUUUUGCAUUAUAAUCAUGUAACUUUUUUUUUUUACAUAUUUCUAUAUCAAAUACUAUGUAUUUAUAUGAAGUACAAACCAUUGCUUUGCUACAGCUUAUUACUCUGCUAUCUUGGUGACAAGUUAACUUGGAAUUUAUAGAGGAAUAUAAUAAAAGUUGUAUUUCAAAAAAAGUUAGGAACUCCUCCAGGUAUGGCAUAACCUUAGUUAUUUUGUACCUAUAUGUACUUUGAACCAUUGUCCUCUUAAUAUGCACAUUUCCAUGUGUUUAUCUUUAUUUUUUCUGUCCAGUUGUCAUUUGUGAUGUUUUUUGUCUUCAUAUUAACAUUAUCCUGUGUUUUAUAUAACUACAACCAAUUGGUUCAUUUCUGGUGAUUCACCAUCAUUUCAUUACACUUCCUUGCCUAUUUCCUAGGUAUGGACAUUGUCCAACUUGUGAGUAGCCUGGUACUUUACUUUUUCAGAUAGUCCUACCUAGAACUUUGUUUGAAAAUUAAUUAAUGUCCUUUUAAUCAUAUGGUUAAAUAUACUAUGAGGCCAUUUCA